GAAUUACUCAUACGUCAGUUUAUCUGUUUUAAAAGCUUUACGAAGACACAAUGAAUGAAAAUCAACCAAAAUUUUUUCCUCCUGUGCUUGAAUCUAACUACGAAAGCAUAUCGCAGAUACGAACGAUGUGUAGCCUCUUAUCUGGCAUGGCUGCAGGUGUUCUUGGCUUGAGGGGCAUUUUUGGACUCUUAUUUUUCGUAGUGACUUCUGCGGUAGCCUCAUUCAUAAUCUUAACGGUUGGCUGCAAUGGAAGUGCAUUAAAAUACUUUCCAAGAGGGCCCAAAGAAUUUUUCACAUUCGAAAGUAUAAUGUGUGGUGGUAUGACGUACAUUCUCGCAUGGAUUGUUGCAUACGAUGCGAUAUAUAUUUUCUAACACGCAUUAAUGGGCUUUUUCAGAUUGUGUUGACAAACUUGAAAUAUUUAUA